AUGAAGCAGUCUGUUGUUACCUCCCUCGUGGCUCUUGCUGUCUCCUGCUCUGUAAGAGGCUCCGAUCCAUACUUCACUAUCAUCACUAACAAAAUGUCCGGUAGGUGCAACCAGCACAGCUCCGGCACUGGUUUGGUCAAUUUGCCCAUUGAUGGGUGUAUUGCUGCUCUCGGAAAGGCCAAGUGCGACCAGGCUUCUUCCGCCAGCAACGACGGCGGCUCUUUGAUCAAUGUGCCUAUCAAUAUCUGCCUGGCUGUUCUCGGCGAGGCUCACUGUCAGCAAAAGUCUGAAUCUACCGGUGGUCUUAUCAAUAUCCCCAUCAAUCUGUGCCUUGCAGUACUAGGUGAGGCUGAUUGCCAGGAUGCUUCGAGCUCGUCCGCAUCUACUACCCCCACUGCCGUUCCCAACACUAUCUCGGCUGAGCCUUCCGCUACUGGCAAUGAAAAUGCUCCAAUCGCCAAGGAAACUGACACUAUCUCUUCCGGUCAUUCUACCUCUGCUGCUGCCUCAGCUUCCCCAGCUCUGAUCAGCUCCUCUUCGGUCCCCUCCUGGAUUCCCAGCUCGUCACACUCCAAUGCUCCCAGUGUCUCCUCCUCUGCCAUCGUAUCUAAGCACACUGUCACCUCGACCAUUUCUCGUACCAAGUACGUCUGUCAUGCUACUUGCGGCAGCGCCCAGUCGACCUCUUUGCGCCUUAUCCCCACCACCACUGCUGUUGCCUCUGCCUCCUCCAGUGGAAGCUGGAGCGCCCCUGCUACUACUAGCCCAGCUGCUUUCAACGCAGCAGGCCGUGCUACUCUUUCCGGAGUCGCAGUGGUGUUUGGUGCUCUUUGCGCUGCUGCCAUGCAGAUCUGA